AUGGCGGGGCAGGAGGGAGGCCUUCGUGGGGCCGCAGAGGCUGGAGCCCAGGAGGGUCCUGCCCGCGAGGUGGCCCGGGCCAGGCUGCGGGACGAGGAUGUGAAGGAGCCGUCGCCAGCGCACACGGUUGCUUUCUUGUCCAAGCCUCAAGGCCUGGUUACUCCCAAGAAAAAGGGGAAUGGGAAUAAAAGAAGAAAAGGAAAAGGCCUGGGGAAGAAGAGAGACCCGUGUCUGCGAAAGUACAAGGAUUUCUGCAUUCACGGGGAAUGCAAGUACAUCAAAGAGCUGGGCGCUCCAUCCUGCAUAUGCCAGCCGGGAUAUCAUGGUGAGAGAUGUCAUGGACUCUUGCUCCCCGUGGAGCAUCCCCCCAGCACAUAUGACCACACGACUGCACUGGCUGUUGUCGCUGUGGUCCUGUCCUCACUGUGUCUUGUCAUCAUUGCAGCUCUGCUGAUGCUGAGGUGCCACAAAAGGGGUGUCUACGAUGUAGAAAACGAAGAGAAAAUCAAGCUGGGCAUCACUGUAAACCACUGAGGAUGCCGGGCGCCAGCGAGGUAAGACCAUG